UUUGCGUUUCAAAGUAUCAAUCAAACUUUACCAUAAUUUGCAUUCUGCCUUUGCUUGAAAUUUUAGUACUAAGAUCAAAUAGCUAAGUAUGUUUAACAGAAAUAGAAUUAUUUGAGUUGCAUUCUUAGUUUAUUACGCAAUUGAAUUUGCAAUUGACAUUAAAACAGCUGUUAUGGUAAGGUUUCUAUCACUAAUCAAGAAGUGUUUGAGUCACAUUUCCAUACUCACUUUUCCAAUGGAUAAAUUGCAACACUGAAGGUAUAAUCUUUGUUUUUACAUUUAGGUGUAGCACCCACAAUGGCAUCUUCUUCAAUCUUAUGUUACGAUUGUUCUACAACCAGUCAAGAAUACUGUGAAAAACAACAGAUAGUUCAAACAUGUAAUGUUGGAGAGGUGUGUCGCCAGGUAGUACACAGGCUUGCACCGAUAUUUGGAGGAGGGGUCAUUGCUUUUCAAAGAGGUUGUUUCCGAAACUCAAUAUGUACUGAAAGUGAUGAAUGUAAAGGCGCAUUUGGUGGAGACUGCAUCAGUUGUUGUAACCGCAAUUUUUGCAAUAAUGGAGCUAUCGAUAAUCUCACCACAGAAACACUAGUACCAACCACUGACGGGGGGUUCUGGCAUAGAACAGCUUCCCCAUCCGCACAUAACUGGUGGUGGCAUACAACAGCAGCUUACCCACAUGACUUUUGGUGGUGGUAUACAACAUCACCGCCUAGAAAAAAUGACAAAUCAGCAACUCCAAUAAUUGUUGGAGUUACAGUUUCUGUAAUAUCAGCUAUAUUGGUAUUUGUUAUCGUUUUAAUCGUCAUAAUCUGGGUAAGACGCAGAAGGGGGACCACUACAACAACGACGACAGCAAGUGCUCAAGUAUCGGCUGGACAACCGGCGCAGGCGCAGUCGGCAAUUUUCGUACCAUCUGCAUAUCUGAAUGUGACACAUCCCAGUCUUCACUUCAAUUCUUAUGAAAAAUUGGGACCUCCGCCUUCCUACGAGACGGUGAUUGGCUAUCGAGGGGAUAGUCAAUCAGUGAACUUUGGUCGAAUGAGUCAGCAGUACGUCGCCUGACUCUUAAUGCAUUGAAUGGCAAUGUAUCUCAAAUGUGACGAAGCUGCCGUAUAUAUAUCUCGUCUCGUAGCUUAACGGUGUAAUGUGUGCAUUGAAGUUUAACAAAAAUAAUAGUGAAUGGUUGAUUUUACUAAUUGGUGUAUUUCAAAUAACAUUUCUAGAUGAGAUUGAAUUAUUGCUGGUAAAUUAAUGUUCUGUCUAGCUUGUAUUGCUACAAUGUGAACAUGUUUUAGGGCUGCACAGCCUAGACGAAUAU